AUGGCCAAGGGCGGGAAAGGCCCCAAGGGCAAAAAGAUCACCCUCAAUGUGGCCAAGAAUUGCAUCAAAAUGACAUUUGAUGGGAGAAAACGCCUCGAUCUGAGCAAGAUGGGAAUCACCACCUUCCCCAAGUGUAUCUUACGCCUCACUGAGAUAGAUGAGCUAGACCUUAGCCGGAAUAUGAUUAGGAAAAUCCCUGACUCCAUCUCCAAGUUCCAGAACCUGCGAUGGCUAGACCUGCACAGCAACUACAUUGACAAGCUUCCAGAAUCCAUUGGCCAGAUGACCACCCUGCUCUACCUCAACGUCAGCAACAACAAACUGACCACCAAUGGGCUGCCUGUGGAGUUGAACCAGCUCAAGAACAUCCGCACCAUCAACCUGGGUCUCAACCACCUGGACAGGGUGCCCACCACACUGGGGGCACUGAAGGAUCUCCAUGAGGUAGGGCUACAUGACAACCUGCUGAGUUCCAUCCCUGCCGGAGUCACCAAGCUCCCCAAGCUGAGGAAGCUCAACAUAAAGAGGAACCCUUUUCCAAAGGGAGGUGAAUCAGAAGUAUUCGUAGACUCCAUCAAAAGGCUAGAAAACCUCUAUCUGGUGGAAGAGAAGGACCUGUGUGCAUCUUGCCUGCAUAAAUGCCAAUAUGCCAGGGACAAGUUGAACAAAAUCAGGAGCAUGGCCCCCUCUGCACCAAGAAAGGCCAUCUUUUCCAAUUUGGUUUCACCUAACUCAAUGGCCAAGGAUUCCCAGGAAGAAUGGAGGUUGCGCUCAAGCAUCUCCUAGAGUAGCUUAUGGCAAAACAUAUGAAGAGAAUCAGC